AUGGCAUACUCAGUCCCUACGCAAGCCGCUCAACUUUUGCGCAAGGGUAUCUUACAGAACCCUAUGCUCAAAGCAAACAUUCCGAACGAUGCAUCUUCUCUCGCAGACCACGUCACAUUCACAGGAAAUGCGAGCCCCAAUAUCCCCAUCAACUGGCGCUUUGCUGAGAGUAUUUCCGCAUUGAAGGGCCUUGAGUCCGUCUGGAUUAACGCUUUAUUGAAGGCGAAAUAUAACCAUGGCCCAGUUAAGGUUGACAUUGAUACUCCAGUGGGGACUUUUGGAAAUGAGACCCCUCACCGCUCAGCCAUCACCAAUAUUUACAAGACAAAGGACGGGCGGUGCUAUCAUGUCCACGGUAAAAACACCUUACCUAUUGAAAUGGCCCAAGAAACAGGUCUAAACCCUGAUCGCGAAGCCGCUUCACCCGCCGAUGCGAUAAGCGUUAUCCAAGAGCGUGUUCAGCAACUUACCGCUGAGGACCUGGACGAACUUAUGAAUGAAAAGUACCGGCAGGCUGGGACAAUCUGCUAUUCCACAGACGAAUACAAAGCAAGUGAACAUGGGAAGGCUAACGCUAACGUUGGUCUCUAUGAGCUGAACCACGUUCCCAAUAACGCUCAGAAGCCCGGCUGGUGGAAGUCGGUCCCUGACACAGGUGUAGCUCGGCCCCUGGCUGGUCUUAAAGUCGUCGACUUAUGUCGUGUGAUUGCUGGCCCUAGUAUCUCGAAGGGAUUGGCCGAGCUUGGCGCGAGUGUGAUGCGCGUAACUGGUCCUGGCGUCGUCGACGCGUAUGCUCUACAUGCCGACCUAAACUGGGGCAAGUGGAAUUGUUCAAUUGACCUGAAGACAGAGGAAGGGAAGGAGACUCUGCGCAAGCUUAUUCUCGAGGCUGAUGUUGUGUUGGAUGGAUACCGACCGGGUGUAAUGGAAAAGCUUGGGUUCGGCAGGGAUGCAGUGCUUGAACUUGUCAAGAACCGGCCAUUCGGCCUUGUUUAUGCCCGUGAAAAUUGCUACGGCUGGCAUGGCCCUUGGCAGCAUAGGAGUGGAUGGCAGCAAAUCAGUGACGCGAACUGUGGUGUUUCCCUCGAGUAUGGCCGCGCCAUGGGACAUGAUGAAGCCGUCACACCUGUCUUCCCUAAUUCGGAUUACUGCACCGGGGUUAUGGGCGUCUGUGGAGUCCUCAACGCUCUGAUUGAAAGGGCCGACAAGGGUGGAUCUUUCUUCAUGGAUACCGCCCUGAACUACUACUCCCAGUGGCUGGUGAAUAGCGUGGGAACCUAUCCCCAGCCUGUCUGGGAGGAUGUCUGGCAGCGACACAACCGCCUAGCCUUCCGCCAUAACGAUAAUAUGCCGGCCACCAUUCCACUUAUGAUGAAUUCACUCAUGGUGAACAGCGGUGCACAACUGUUCCAGUCACGCUUCUUCGAUAUCCGGUAUUCUGGAGCGGUCGAUCGUUACUUCAAGGUGCUUCGUCCUGUUCUCAGCUUUGCUGAGAAACAAGUGGAUCUUCGGUUCAACGUUGGAACAAGGAGCAAUGGCCAUGAUGCCGCUCGCUGGCCGGAAGAUCUACGGACAGAGAUUGUCAACAGCGCAUAA